UUUUCUUUGUUUUUUUUUUUUUUUUUUUUUUUUUUUUUUUUUUUUGAGACGGAGUCUUGCUCUGUCUCCCGGGCUGGAGUGCAGUGGCAUGAUCUAGGCUCACUGCAAGCUCCGCCUCCCAGGUUCACGCCAUUCUCCUGCCUCAGCCUCCUGAGUAGCUGGGACUACAGGCACCCUCCACCAUGCCCGGCUAAUUUUUUUUUGGUAUUUUUAGUAGAGGUGGGGUUUCACCAUAUUAGCCAGGAUGGUCUCAAUCUGCUGACCUCGUGAUCUGCCCGCCUCAUCCUCCCAAAGUGCUGGGAUUACAGGCGUGAGCCACCACUCCCGGUCUCAACAUGGUAGCCUUUUACAAAUUACUAUAUAUUUUUUCAAAUUAUAGUAAUUCAUACAGCAAGCAUAUAUAAUGGUAGGACAAAACACCUUAAGCCAAGAUGUCAUCUCCAUGGUCUGUCCAGGUAGCAUAGAACACAAAAGGAGAUGUGAUUGAAAGAUGUUGCUUCAUCUACAUGUUACUACUAUUGUCUGGGGUUCCUUAGGAGCCAAGGAGAACCUCUCUGUGAUUGGCAUUGGAAAGACCUGUGGUUAGAAGAAAAUUAUGUGGGAAAAUUCCAGCCUUAUUUUUUAUUUUAUUUUAUUUUAUUUUAUUUUUGAGACGGAGUCUCGUUGUGCCACCCAAGCCGGAGUGCAGUGGCGCGAUCUUGGCUCGCUGCAACCUCUGCCUCUUGGGUUCAAGCAGUUCUCCUGCCUCAGCCUCCUGAGUAGCUGGAACUACAGGCAUGUGUCACCACAAUGGGCUAAUUUUUUGUUUAGUGGAGACGGGGUUUCACCGUGUUAGCCAGGAUGGUCUCGAUCUCUUGACCUCGUGAUCCACCCGCCUUGGCCUCCCAAAGUGCUGGGAUUACAGGCGUGAGCCACUGCCCCUGGCCCAGCCUCAUCUUUAAGCCAUAAUUUUUCUAUUGUGUUAGUGAAUAAGCCUGAAAGGUACAUCUUCAUUCAUAUAUAAACAUAAUUUAGUUUUCAUUAGGUAGAUUCCUUGCUCACAUCCAGCUGAGAACAUGACACUAAAGAAAUCGGGCUUUAAUUAGGGAGGGAAAGAGAGAGAACGUGGAGUCCCUUUGGUUGUCACUUAAGAGAUACAGAUGAAGGAGAAGUAGAGUUGGAGGUCAGAAGGGCCGGAAGGUAAAUGUAGUCUAAUAUUAGUCAUAGUGAGGUGAAGGCUUUUGAGGAGUAGAGAUUCACCUAGGGUGAGAAUUAUUUCCUAAGUUCUAGAGUAGGAUGGUAAAUAAAAAAUAGUCUUAGAUGCUUUGUCAGGAACUGAUAAUGACUAUAAGUAUAUUUUAAAUCAUAAGAGUUAUACUUAUGUUUGCUGUGAUCCUCUCAUAGUAGCUGUGAAAUAUUUAAAGUAAGGCAUAAAAUUAUUAUAUCUAUAUCUAUAAGUAAAAAUGGUCUAAUUUAAUGCUUUCAGUAUCAUAGUUUAGUAUUAAGCUAAUGCUAACUUCAUAAAAUCAUUUUUUCCUAAGAUAAUUUUCGAGAUUUAUAGGAAGGUUGAAAUGCAUGCAUUUCCUCUGGAUUUGCCAUUUGUUGCAUAGUAUUAUGUAUAAUAUUUUCUUAAACAAAAAGUUUAAAGAAAAUAUUAGCAAAUCAAACCUAGCUGUGUAGUGAAAGAAUAACAUGCAUAUAUGAAUUGGUCUGUUGUACAAAUUCUAGGAUAAUUCAAUAUUUGCAAAUAUGUCACUAUAAUUCAGAAUGUAAGUAAAGGAGAAAUUCAUUAUCUCACUAGAUGCUUAAAGCUGCUGAAAAAAAUUUAGCAGCCAUUUCUUAAUAAAAUUAUAAAAAAUAGGAAUAGAAGAAAACUACAUAAACAUGGUAAAUAAUCUUUACUAAACUACAACAACAAACCAACCUAUUAAAAUAUGAAAUACUAAAACUGUCACUGUGAAAGUCACAGGCAAUACAAAAAUUAUUGCUAUCACAACUAUUUUGUAUAGCUUAGUAUUAUUGCUUUGGGCUGGUAAUGUAAGGCUAAAUUCUUUACUUCCGGAAAAUAUAGAUCUAGGAAAUCUAAGAGAUUCAUAUGUGAGACUAUUAGCACUAAUAAGAAAGUGUGGUAAAGUAGCUGGAUACAAAGAAGAGAAAUCAAUAACCUCUUUAUUUUGCAACACAGUAAAAAAAUGGAAGUAAAACUGAAUGAACAGAAUGUAUUCUCAUAUAUAUUAAAUAUCUGUUUUACUAUGCAUUUAAAAUCCAGAGCUUACCAUUUUUGGGAAACUCUAUAAAAAGGUAUAUGACAUGUUGAUUCCAAAAGGAUUUUAUGAGGACUAAAUGAGACACUAAAAUUUUUAAGAAAAUUAUCAAGGUUGCCUAUACGAUAUAUUGAACGAGAAAUUGUCGAGGAAAAGAAGGGCAGCUGCAGUUUCUAAAGGGAAUCUACAGUGAGAAGUAGUCUGAUUCACAAACCUCUGGUGAAAUAUGGUGUCUUGACUACACUUGUUUUCCCCUUCCCUAAAGUCUGCAGUAAUCUCAAAGGAAGCUUAAAAAUGUUAAUUCAUAGCCGGGCGGAUGGGGUGUUGUCACCUGUAAUCCCAGCUACUUGGGAGGCAGAGGCAGGAGAAUUGCUUGAACCCAGGAGGUGGAGGUUGCAGUGAGCCAAGAUUGUGCCACUGUACUCCAGCCUGGGGACAGAGUGAGACUCUGUCUCAAUAAAUAAAUAAAAUAAUAAAAUACAUAAAUAAAAUCUUAAUUCAUAAGGAGAAGUAUAACAGUAAAGGAGACAGGGACCAAAGAUUGUAACAAUUUUUCAAAACAGAAAGUGAAUGAAGGGAGUAGUAACUGAGUUCACAGAGAAAGAUACCACCUAAGUACCUGCAGAGGUCAGUUACGGAGAUAACAGCAUGCCCCAGGGAUAUCUUGAGAGAGUUCCUUGUGCUUGGAGACUCCACAUAUUCCAAAAGGCUGAAGUCAGUUUUACAGCUCACAGUGGAAAUUCCUUAAAAGUCCAUAUCCAGAUCUUUUAGACCUUCCUCUCCUACACUCCAGCAGAUAGGUAACUACUUCAGUCCCCUGUCUGCUGGGGAAAUGGGAGGAGCACUAGAACCAGAAGUGCUCCACACUAGAGAGGUGAAGCAUGGGAUUGAAAGUCAAAUGAGCCUGUACAAGUCUGCACACUGAAGUGUGGGGCCCUACCUCCUCCUCCCUUCUUCACUCCUCCUCAAGGCAGCACUUAGGUGAGUUGAUCCCUUCACACCCCACCCAGCACUUCGUUCUACCUGGCAAAACUUAACAGCUUCGAUGAAGAAACCUCCACAUUACUGAACAUUUGGAGGUGUCCCAGUGAAAAGGCAUCGAUUAGCAAGGUAAAAGUAACAGAACCAUGGCUCAGUUUCCAACACCUUAUGGUGGCAGCCUGGAUAUCUGGGCCAUAACUGUAGAGGAAAGAGCGAAGCAUGAUCAGCAGUUCCAUAGUUUAAAGCCAAUAUCUGGAUUCAUUACUGGUGAUCAAGCUAGAAACUUUUUUUUUCAAUCUGGGUUACCUCAACCUGUUUUAGCACAGAUAUGGGCACUAGCUGACAUGAAUAAUGAUGGAAGAAUGGAUCAAGUGGAGUUUUCCAUAGCUAUGAAACUUAUCAAACUGAAGCUACAAGGGUAUCAGCUACCCUCUGCACUUCCCCCUGUCAUGAAACAGCAACCAGUUGCUAUUUCUAGCACACCAGCAUUUGGUAUGGGAGGUAUCGCCAGCAUGCCACCACUUACAGCUGUUGCUCCAGUGCCAUUGGGAUCCAUUCCAGUUGUUGGAAUGUCUCCAGCCCUAGUAUCUUCUGUUCCCACAGCAACUGUGCCCCCCCUGGCUAACGGGGCUCCCCCUGUUAUACAACCUCUGCCUGCAUUUGCUCAUCCUGCAGCCACGUUGCCAAAGAGUUCUUCCUUUAGUAGAUCUGGUCCAGGGUCACAACUAAACACUAAGUUACAAAAGGCACAGUCAUUUGACGUCGCCAGUGUCCCACCAGUGGCAGAAUGGGCUGUUCCUCAGUCAUCAAGACUGAAAUACAGGCAAUUAUUCAAUAGUCAUGACAAAACUAUGAGUGGACACUUAACAGGUCCCCAAGCAAGAACUAUUCUUAUGCAAUCAAGUUUACCACAGGCUCAGCUGGCUUCAAUAUGGAAUCUUUCUGACAUUGAUCAAGAUGGAAAACUUACAGCAGAAGAAUUUAUCCUGGCAAUGCACCUCAUUGAUGUAGCUAUGUCUGGCCAACCACUGCCACCUGUCCUGCCUCCAGAAUACAUUCCACCUUCUUUUAGAAGAGUUCGAUCUGGCAGUGGUGUAUCUGUCAUAAGCUCAACAUCUGUAGAUCAGAGGCUACCAGAGGAACCAGUUUUAGAAGAUGAACAACAACAAUUAGAAAAGAAAUUACCUGUAACGUUUGAAGAUAAGAAGCGGGAGAACUUUGAACGUGGCAAUCUGGAACUGGAGAAACGAAGGCAAGCUCUCCUGGAGCAGCAGCGCAAGGAGCAGGAGCGCCUGGCACAGCUGGAGCGGGCAGAGCAGGAGAGGAAGGAGCGUGAGCGCCAGGAGCAAGAGCGCAAAAGACAACUGGAACUGGAGAAGCAACUGGAAAAGCAGCGGGAGCUAGAACGGCAGAGAGAGGAGGAGAGGAGGAAGGAAAUUGAGAGGCGAGAGGCUGCAAAACGGGAACUUGAAAGGCAACGACAACUUGAGUGGGAACGGAAUCGAAGGCAAGAACUACUAAAUCAAAGAAACAAAGAACAAGAGGACAUAGUUUUACUGAAAGCAAAGAAAAAGACUUUGGAAUUUGAAUUAGAAGCUCUAAAUGAUAAAAAGCAUCAACUAGAAGGGAAACUUCAAGAUAUCAGAUGUCGAUUGACCACCCAAAGGCAAGAAAUUGAGAGCACAAACAAAUCUAGAGAGUUGAGAAUUGCCGAAAUCACCCAUCUACAGCAACAAUUACAGGAAUCUCAGCAAAUGCUUGGAAGACUUAUUCCAGAAAAACAGAUACUCAAUGACCAAUUAAAACAAGUUCAGCAGAACAGUUUGCACAGAGAUUCACUUGUUACACUUAAAAGAGCCUUAGAAGCAAAAGAACUAGCUCGGCAGCAGCUACGAGACCAACUGGAUGAAGUGGAGAAAGAAACUAGAUCAAAACUACAGGAGAUUGAUAUUUUCAAUAAUCAGCUAAAGGAACUAAGAGAAAUACACAAUAAGCAACAACUCCAGAAGCAAAAGUCCAUGGAGGCUGAACGACUGAAACAGAAAGAACAAGAGCGAAAGAUCAUAGAAUUAGAAAAACAAAAAGAAGAAGCCCAAAGACGAGCUCAGGAAAGGGACAAGCAGUGGCUGGAGCAUGUGCAGCAGGAGGACGAGCAUCAGCGACCAAGAAAACUCCACGAAGAGGAAAAACUGAAAAGGGAGGAAAGUGUCAAAAAGAAGGAUGGCGAGGAAAAAGGCAAACAGGAAGCACAAGACAAGCUGGGCCGGCUUUUCCAUCAACACCAAGAACCAGCUAAGCCAGCUGUCCAGGCACCCUGGUCCACUGCAGAAAAAGGUCCACUUACCAUUUCUGCACAGGAAAAUGUAAAAGUGGUGUAUUACCGGGCACUGUACCCCUUUGAAUCCAGAAGCCAUGAUGAAAUCACUAUCCAGCCAGGAGACAUAGUCAUGGUUAAAGGGGAAUGGGUGGAUGAAAGCCAAACUGGAGAACCCGGCUGGCUUGGAGGAGAAUUAAAAGGAAAGACAGGGUGGUUCCCUGCAAACUAUGCAGAGAAAAUCCCAGAAAAUGAGGUUCCCGCUCCAGUGAAACCAGUGACUGAUUCAACAUCUGCCCCUGCCCCCAAACUGGCCUUGCGUGAGACCCCCGCCCCUUUGGCAGUAACCUCUUCAGAGCCCUCCACGACCCCUAAUAACUGGGCCGACUUCAGCUCCACGUGGCCCACCAGCACGAAUGAGAAACCAGAAACGGAUAACUGGGAUGCAUGGGCAGCCCAGCCCUCUCUCACCGUUCCAAGUGCCGGCCAGUUAAGGCAGAGGUCCGCCUUUACUCCAGCCACGGCCACUGGCUCCUCCCCGUCUCCUGUGCUAGGCCAGGGUGAAAAGGUGGAGGGGCUACAAGCUCAAGCCCUGUAUCCUUGGAGAGCCAAAAAAGACAACCAUUUAAAUUUUAACAAAAAUGAUGUCAUCACCGUCCUGGAACAGCAAGACAUGUGGUGGUUUGGAGAAGUUCAAGGUCAGAAGGGUUGGUUCCCCAAGUCUUACGUGAAACUCAUUUCAGGGCCCAUAAGGAAAUCUACAAGCAUGGAUUCUGGUUCUUCAGAGAGUCCUGCUAGUCUAAAGCGAGUAGCCUCUCCAGCAGCCAAGCCGGUCGUUUCAGGAGAAGAAUUUAUUGCCAUGUACACUUACGAGAGUUCUGAGCAAGGAGAUUUAACCUUUCAGCAAGGGGAUGUGAUUUUGGUUACCAAGAAAGAUGGUGACUGGUGGACAGGAACAGUGGGCGACAAGGCCGGAGUCUUCCCUUCUAACUAUGUGAGGCUUAAAGAUUCAGAGGGCUCUGGAACUGCUGGGAAAACAGGGAGUUUAGGAAAAAAACCUGAAAUUGCCCAGGUUAUUGCCUCAUACACCGCCACCGGCCCCGAGCAGCUCACUCUCGCCCCUGGUCAGCUGAUUUUGAUCCGAAAAAAGAACCCAGGUGGAUGGUGGGAAGGAGAGCUGCAAGCACGUGGGAAAAAGCGCCAGAUAGGCUGGUUCCCAGCUAAUUAUGUAAAGCUUCUAAGCCCUGGGACGAGCAAAAUCACCCCAACAGAGCCACCUAAGUCAACAGCAUUAGCGGCAGUGUGCCAGGUGAUUGGGAUGUACGACUACACCGCGCAGAAUGACGAUGAGCUGGCCUUCAACAAGGGCCAGAUCAUCAACGUCCUCAACAAGGAGGACCCUGACUGGUGGAAAGGAGAAGUCAAUGGACAAGUGGGGCUCUUCCCAUCCAAUUAUGUGAAGCUGACCACAGACAUGGACCCAAGCCAGCAAUGGUGUUCAGACUUACAUCUCUUGGAUAUGUUGACCCCAACUGAAAGAAAGCGACAAGGAUACAUCCACGAGCUCAUUGUCACCGAGGAGAACUAUGUGAAUGACCUGCAGCUGGUCACAGAGAUCUUUCAAAAACCCCUGAUGGAGUCUGAGCUGCUGACAGAAAAAGAGGUUGCUAUGAUUUUUGUGAACUGGAAGGAGCUGAUUAUGUGUAAUAUCAAACUACUGAAAGCGCUGAGAGUCCGCAAGAAGAUGUCCGGGGAGAAGAUGCCUGUGAAGAUGAUUGGCGACAUCCUCAGCGCGCAGCUGCCGCACAUGCAGCCCUACAUCCGCUUCUGCAGCCGUCAGCUCAAUGGGGCUGCCCUGAUCCAGCAGAAGACGGAUGAGGCCCCAGACUUCAAGGAGUUCGUCAAAAGAUUGGCAAUGGAUCCUCGGUGUAAAGGGAUGCCACUCUCUAGUUUUAUACUGAAGCCUAUGCAACGGGUAACAAGGUACCCACUGAUCAUUAAAAAUAUCCUGGAAAACACCCCUGAAAACCACCCGGACCACAGCCACUUGAAGCACGCCCUGGAGAAGGCGGAAGAGCUCUGUUCCCAGGUGAACGAAGGGGUGCGGGAGAAGGAGAACUCUGACCGGCUGGAGUGGAUCCAGGCCCACGUGCAGUGUGAAGGCCUGUCUGAGCAACUUGUGUUCAAUUCAGUGACCAAUUGCUUGGGGCCGCGCAAAUUUCUGCACAGUGGGAAGCUCUACAAGGCCAAGAGCAACAAGGAGCUGUAUGGCUUCCUUUUCAACGACUUCCUCCUGCUGACUCAGAUCACGAAGCCCUUGGGGUCUUCUGGCACCGACAAAGUCUUCAGCCCCAAAUCAAACCUGCAGUAUAAAAUGUAUAAAACACCUAUUUUCCUAAAUGAGGUUCUAGUAAAAUUACCCACCGACCCUUCUGGAGACGAGCCCAUCUUCCACAUCUCCCACAUUGACCGCGUCUAUACUCUCCGAGCAGAAAGCAUAAAUGAAAGGACUGCCUGGGUGCAGAAAAUCAAAGCUGCUUCUGAACUCUACAUAGAGACUGAGAAAAAGAAGCGCGAGAAAGCGUACCUGGUCCGUUCUCAAAGGGCAACAGGCAUUGGAAGGUUGAUGGUGAACGUGGUUGAAGGCAUUGAGUUGAAACCCUGUCGGUCCCAUGGAAAGAGCAACCCGUACUGUGAGGUGACCAUGGGUUCCCAGUGCCACAUCACCAAGACGAUCCAGGACACUCUGAACCCCAAGUGGAAUUCCAACUGCCAGUUCUUCAUCCGAGACCUGGAGCAGGAAGUCCUCUGCAUCACUGUGUUCGAGAGGGACCAGUUCUCACCAGAUGAUUUUUUGGGUCGGACGGAGAUCCGUGUGGCGGACAUCAAGAAAGACCAGGGCUCCAAAGGUCCAGUUACGAAGUGUCUUCUGCUGCACGAAGUCCCCACGGGAGAGAUUGUGGUCCGCUUGGACCUGCAGUUGUUUGAUGAGCCGUAGGCAGCGGGCUCAGGGUGUGCUCAGCAGGGUCCCAGCCCACGGCCACACAUGCUGUCUGGAAAUUGUAUUUCUUUUCUAAGAAACCACCGUUUGGUAUUCAGUCACAGGGAUAUGGGACGGCAAAGACAGGCCCCUCAAAGCUCCUAGGAAUCAUUCUCGACAAUCCUCCCUGCCCCGAAACAGUUUCCUGUUUCAUGAAACAAAGCUGUGUUUUCCCUCGUCCUCACUACAGGUCUCAUUAUGGCUUCUAGGGUCGCUGAAAUCCCAUAGCCCUCAACAGGGUGCAGCUGGGAGUCUAGCCCCUUCCCGGGCUUCAGGGAUGGGUCUGGUUACUAUAAAAUAGAUCUAUAAAUGCAAUGUCUAUAUUUUUGGAGAACUCAUGUAACCCUCCUAUUUCUUACAUCCACCAGUCCCCAAGGAGACUUCUUGGCCUACAAUGCCCAGUCCUUGGUGUGCGUUUAGAAACAAUUAUGAUGGUCCUGUCAUUGCUUCAGAAUCCCAUCUCUCCUGCAGGGAAAUGCUGCCUGGAGCUGAUCACUCAGUGAGACGGUCUGAUCAGGCCCUGGCUUAGCUCUUUGAAGAGGUGGUCUAUGGAAGUUUCCAGCAUGUGUGCCGUUAUAGCCGUUCCUUCCCCCUCUAGGCCUUGUAUUAUAUGUCAAUGAAAAACACACCGGCGUAUUGUUGCUUGGAUUCAGUUCUGAUUCCCAGCAUGCUUGGAAUAUGGUCACAGAAAGUCAUUAUCUAGAAAGUCACCCCUCUGCUGGGUCAGAUCACUGCAGGUCACUGGAAAGGCAACUUUACAAUGUUGGGUCAUUGGGUCUCGGUCGGCAGCCAUGUUGGAAAAAUCUCUUUUGGCUCAGAGGCCCUGUGAUACUUCAUGGCAGCAGUAGUUGCUGGUGACCUGUUCUGUGCUUGAAUGUGCUGAAUCCUGAUUGUCGUAGGACAUUUCAACAGCUCUCUUUGGUACGUUCCCCAAAAAGCCACGUCCUAGAUCCCCAAGGCGUGAAAAGGAAAACUAUCAAGCUGGAGGUUGGGAAAGAAAAUGAAGGCAGUCCAUUAUGUGGUGGGUGAAAGACCCUAGGAGGAUGCAAGCCCCGCACAUCCUGGGGCAAAGACCUAAGACACUUUUCCACCCUCCACCACCCCAACCUCACGUAAUGUGCUUGUUGCAAGAGUCAGGACUGUAUGACUAUGUGCCAAGCUGUUUGGUUUGAGUUCUUUAAUUUUUUUUUCCCUUAAAUGCCAGGAGAUCGUCUAGUUAGUUAGAUAGUAACUUGAUUUGCUAAUGAAAAGUGGGGGCCGUGUUUUGUUCGCAUGUUAAUAUUCUCAUAAUCCCAGUUUGUUGUGGUCAUGAAAUGUCCUUUGCAUGUUCUGUUGGUACUGGAGUCUAGCUUUCCUGUACUAGAUGGUGUUCUCUUUGAUUGUAGGUCCUUAGACUUUAAUUAGGGUUAUAAAAGUGCUUUCUAAAUGAUAGCAUCAGCUUUGUGGCACAGUACCCCCUUUGCUGGGAACUGAAUGUGUAGUGUUAUAAUUUCCCAUGAGAGCCCGGUCAUACUUCAAGCAAUUUUUUUUAAAGUGUGUGUUGGAAAGGACAACAAAGUUUACAUUUCAUACUUUUAAGAAAUACUUUAUUAUUUAUUUAUUGAAGAUAGUGUAGAAUUUUGUAUCAAGAACAACAGACAUAAGUAUUUUUUGAAACAAGCAAAUAUACCCUGUAGUUAGAAACUUUCAACUGAACAUGUUAGAGACCAAGUUUAACUUCAGGCAUGCAUUUGUUUACCAUUUCCCAGCAGAAAACAUGGUUAAAAUACUUUAAGUUUAUAUUUUUUGAUGUUGUUAAGAAACUUUUAAAUUAAAUCUAUAAAUAGACAUGCAACUCAUGCUUUCCUAUUUCUAUAACCAAUACCGUUUGUUCAGUGUAUUUAUGAAAGACAUGCUACCAUGGUAGAAAAGAAAGUAUUCAAUGUGUAAAUGGGGUAGUGUGGGUCACCAUUCCAAUCUCUUUUUGUUUUCUGUCCUGUCUUUUCUUCAUUGACUUUAUUUGCGUGUUAAUGUUGGACAUCAUUGUUCAUGUAGGUAGCGUAUGGUAUGCACAAUGACAAACAAUCGUUUUAGGUCCCAGGUCACCCACUCAUAGUGUCCUAUUAUUGGAAUUAAUGUAGCAUGAGAAAGCAAUAUGUGACUCUCUUUCCUCAAGUGACUCUGUUGAGCAUCCUUGAGAUGCUCCUGCUGUGUAGCAAGUUCUGGAUUAGUGUCCUUGUAUUUACUGGUGUAAUUUGUAAUGUAACCGAUCGUCCAUAUGGAGGAGUCAGGCUGGCCCUCGGACCCAGCUGUGAUUCAUGAGUUGUGUCACGGUGAUUGAGGAACAUGGGUGAUGCAUGGAGUCUCAAACUCUCGGGCCUCUCUGUUCCUUCACCUCUACCUUCUUGACUAUCUGGGCUAUAUUUCAUAGAAAUUAAAUGCUCCUUGCCAACAAA